ACUGCAAGGACGUGCUUGGCUCGACGUUCCAACUCCUUCACCACGUCUUGGUCAUCAUCAAGCAACGGAGUGGGAAGAAGUAGUAGUUAAUUAGAUCUGCUGCCGAACAACAAUCCCUGGCUCUCUUCGAUCCUUUCGUUUCUCACCUUCUCUCCUUCGUUAUGGCAGAAUGUGGGCAGCAAUCCUGUGCACGUUGUUGUCCAUGUUCAAGAGGAAGAGAGAGUGAGAGGAGUUGUGUGUGUAUAUAUAUGAACUCGUGCCUCUCAUGCUCGAAGCCAGGUAGUCUAUUACCUUUAGGAUCAUCAUCCAUGGAGUCUGAGAGCGUGACGAUAAAAAAUUUCACUUCUGUCUGCCCAGACUUUCUCCCACUUGCAAAAGGAGAGGAUGGGGAGCUCCUUCCCCUCUCCAAUAUCGAUAGGAAAUGUCCCAUGCUUAUGUACACGAUCUUCUUCUAUAGAACAGCUAUUCAUGAUUUUGAGUCAGUUGUCCAGAAGAUGAAGACGGGAUUGGAGAAGACACUGUUUUAUUGGUACCCAGCAGCUGGAAGGCUCCACACAAAUCAAGAGAGUGGAAAGCUUGACAUCAUCUGCAACAUGAAGGGUGCACUCUUAGUGGAGGCUUCCACAGAGGUGGAAAUAUCACAGCUUGGGGACUUGUCACAGUACAACCCAUUCUAUGAGAAGCUUGUUCAUAGGCCACCACUUGAUGGCUACUUCUCUGACAUGCCUCUAACUGUCAUUCAGGUAACAAGAUUUGGCUGUGGAGGGUUUGCAGUCGGUGUUGGUACAAGCCACUCCUUGUUCGAUGGUCCGGGAAAAUUCAAGUUUUUAACUGCAUGGGCUCUGUUAACAUCAGGAAGAUCAGAUGUGAUUCCCAUGCUUAUACAGCCGGUGCACGAUAGGAGUCAAUUGCUGGUGGCUCAAAAUAAUGAGAACAACACAGAGUGUGAUGAUUGUGAUGAUAGUAGUGAUCCAAUGACGAAGAUGGUCGUGCCGUUUUAUCAUCUAAUUCAAUUGAUUGAACAGGCAAUGUCAUCUGCUCAUGGACCUGAAACAACAGCAGGAGAAUGCAACUACUCACGGAUCGGCAGCACAUUGCACGACGGUUAUGUUUUCAGAACUUUUACUUUGAGCGGCAGAUUCAUUGACGGGGUCAAAAGAGAAAUAGGGCCUGAUGGAAACUGUUCCACAUUUGAAGUUGUAGCAACCCAUCUAUGGAAGGCAAGAAACAAGGCGCUAAAUUUUGACAAGGAGAGGAAGGUAUGCCUGCAAUUCACAAUGAACCUCAGGAACAAGUUGGUGCCACCACUUUCAGAAGCCUUCAGCGGCAAUGCAUACGUACUGGCUUCUGUCUCAUGCACUGUUGGAGACCUAGAAAAAGAGAGUUUGGACGAGACAGUUGGCAAGAUCAAAGCAGCUCAAGAAUCAGUCACAGAUGACUAUGUCAGGAAGUAUCUGGAAGCACUUGAUGCUCCCCAAGUGCCUCUCCCUCCAUUGAUGGAACUCACCAUGGUCAAUGACUUGUCCAUGUGCCCAUUCCACAAGCUUGAUUUCGGGCAAGGACGUCCAACAUGCAUGUAUGAACUGGCCCCUGCUCUUCCAUAUGCUGCGUGUCUUACCGAGAACUUCAAUGAGGAAGGGAGCAUCAAUGUAACCAUAGGGCUACUCCCUCAACAUGUGGAUGCUUUCACCCAUUACUUUCAGACCAAACUUGUCUAGCACCACCCAGGAGA